GGAAAUUAAACGAAAACAAACAUGGCGGCCCGAACUUGCUCUGCAGUAUUCAGAGUUAAAUGUGGGCUAAGUUCACCCCGAGUAGAGCAUAUUGCCAGGAGCUUUAUACGUAGUAGGUAUUUCUGUACCUCAGGAAAGGUAAGGAAAACUAUCUUAAGCACCUACAGAUCAAUGUUACCGGAAAAAAUAUAUAUGUAGCUCAAGUGAAUCAGCACUUUCGUCCAAGAGUAACCAAUAUGUUAUGUCUUUGAUCAUUUUCCACAAGAGUACUGUUGAUGAAGAAGAGAUUGAGAAGCUAAGCCGAACAAUAAGUGAUUGGUGGGAUCCAAAUGGUGACUUUUCCGCUCUUCAUUCUAUGAAUAAACUCCGAGUUCCUUUUAUUAAAAGCUCUCUUGAGCAUCUACCUGGGGAAAAUGUCACCUCCUCAAAACCUCUGAAAGGUUUUAGAAUAUUGGAUGUCGGCUGUGGAGGUGGAAUAUUGUCUGAGGUAAGAGUUUUAUGACCAGUUUAUGAACUACCAGUAUAACUGAUUUUUAUUAUAGCUCUCCUGAGAAGAUUCUCUAUUUUAGCCUUGUAUUGAGUCAAAAGAUCUCAUAGCCUUCUACUGCUAUGAAUUCUUUGACUCAGUUAUGUGUACCCAGAGCAUUAAUUGAGGCUAUGUGUGCAAAAAAAUGUUUGCAUAAAUUUAACUAGGUUGAAAUAAAUUUUCUGGACACACCAAAUGUCUCCAAAUAUGUAUGCUAAAAACCACCUCUUCCCAUCAGAACCUUCUAAGCUAUGACUAAGACCCAAGACCCUUAACCUCAGAAAACUUAAACAUUAAGACCUCAUAGUAAAAGUAAUCCUGGAAUGCUGCAAUUAUUUCUUCCUAUUUUUUCACUGAGACCUUAAGCAUUGUAAGGGCUCUUUAUUAAUUAAUGGACAAAAAAAAGUUUCAUUUCCAAUUUCAUUUGAAAAGCUUAUUUCACUUCUGUUAAUCAAGUUUAGUUGCUUGAACCAUAAACUAGUUAUUUAGAUGUGGUUAGUCUCCAAUCAACUCAAAGUGGUUUAUCUUUUUUAGCCUUUGGCAAGACUAGGUGCAGAAGUGACAGGAGUUGAUGCAUCAGCAUUCAAUAUACAUGCAGCCUUGAGACAUGCACAACACGAUUUUAGGGUGGCCAGCAAUGUGCAGUACAAUUGCAUCACAGUAGAAGAGCUAGCUGAUAAGGAACCAGAAUCUUUUGACUGUGUUGUUGCUUCAGAAGUUAUUGAACAUGUAACAGAUAAAGACACUUUUAUUUCUGCAAGCACACAGUUGCUAAAGGUGAGUUUGUUAAUUAGACAUGAGGUAAGGUUCCAACCUUUAAACUUGUUCCAUCUCUCUGGUAUCCCAUAAUCAUCGUGGUGUUAUGUGUCAUUAAUUUCAUGCAGAUAUACUAUCUAGAGUGUAUUUUUGUACUCAGAUUACUUGUGGUUCAACCAGUCAGCCCUAAUUGGGAGCUGAAUCUGUACAUAUGGGGUACCAGAAUUAAAGUUAUUCAGAAAAUAAUGGAAAGAAAGAAAUUUUUAAUGUAGCAGAGCUAUAUUUGAUGAAGUGCAUGUCUCUGGUCCUACAAAAAUUUUCUGGUGACCUGAGGUGCUAACAUAGGGUCUUUAAUUAUUGGAAACGUCAUGAACUGCAAGGUAUUGAGUUCAUAAAUGGAUCAAAACAGAAAAUUGGUAGCAUGGAAUAGCCACAGAAUUUAACUCUAAAAAAAUUGAAUGUUAGGUUUUAAACAAUUUAUUUUAUUUAUUCAGCCAGGAGGUUCUCUAGUGAUAACAACAAUCAACCAGACAGUUUUCUCAUAUGCUGCAGCAAUUUUAGGAGCAGAAUAUCUUUUGAGAUUAGUAAAACCUGGAACUCAUGACUGGAAUAAGUUUGUGACUGUUGACGACCUGGCAGAUCUGAUAUCUCAAAGUAUGUGAUAAAUUUUUAUUGCACAAAUUCACCAUACAGUGUUUCUAAACACAAGAUAAACAGAAAAUAGCAGAAUGAUCCUUAAAAUGUCAUAACAAAGUAGCAUUUUGUGUCAAUUGCUCUUGUUCCACUGUAAAAUAAGAAAUCAAAAAACACUAAAAACUUUCAUAAGUUACAAACAGGGUGCCUGUACCUGUAGGGCUGGUUUAACAAGCUUAAGAGGAGCCAAAAAUCUGUCUUGCUUCCUGACACAAAAAAACUUUGCCUCACAAAAGCCCUAAUUUUGGCUAAUGCACCUACAUUGUUAUCUGAGCACCUUUCUGUGUAAGCCACAACCCUAGUCAAGUUCUGUUGAAACACAAAACACCCCUUCUCUUGUAAUGUUGCAUUUUUCCACGCCAUUUGAUUUUCUCAUUAUUUUCAUUGACAAAGGGGGAAAAGUAGCAAUGUUUCAUCAAUUGUGACAAGGAUUGUAACCCCAUUGUUCCUUAGGUUUGCAUCAUGUAGAUACCUUUUCUCACAUUCAUUUUAUUUCUUCAUAUCAUUUUGAUUUGCACAGAUGGUGCAGAAGUUAUGGAUGUAAAAGGAAUGUUCUUCAUGCCAGUGUUUAACAAAUGGUGCUGGAUUGAGGAUACAAGUGUUAACUUUGCCUUGAGUGCCAUGAAACCUGAACAAAUCUUCCCCGAGACGACAUCAGAAGAAAACCCAUCAAAUGAGUCUGAAACCUGAUUGUUAAUUGUGAAGUUAACUAUUUAGAAUUGUAAAUAAAG